AUGGUUUUCCUCUCGACUCCGAACGAGAAGACCUUAUCGAUCAACGUGAACCCUAAUUCAACCACAGCCUCCGCCUUCUCACAAUUGAUCCACCAACGCACUCAUCUUCCUCAAUCUCUCCUUCGCUACUCCCUCCGUCUCCGAAACCCUAACCUUCAUGAUGAUGAUACGUUAUCCGAUCUUGGAUUUGGUCCUUUCUCUACAGUAUAUCUUCACAUCCCUCUGUUCGGCGGUGGAUCACGAUUCGAUUCAAAGCCUCCUGCGAACUACGUUGCAGGUUUAGGCCGUGGAGCUACCGGAUUCAUAACCCGAUCCGAUAUCGGAUCCGCUACGCCAGGGAAGUCGAUAAACGAAACUGAUGAAAAGAUGGAGAAUGAUCACAAGUUUGAUGAAUUCGAAGGGAACGACGCCGGAUUGUUCGCGGAUUCCGUUUUUGACGAGGAGGAGGACAAAGAAGCUGAUGCUAUAUGGGAAGGUAUUGAUAAGAGAAUGAAUUUGAGAAGGGAAGAACAUAAAGAAGAGCCUUCGAAUCCGAAAAUCCGCGAGCAGUUUACGGAUUUGAAGAGGACACUGCAUACAGUGUCUGCUGAAGAAUGGGAUAGUAUCCCGGAAACUGCGAAUUACUCGCGUCAGAAGAAGAAGAAGAGGUUUGCGAGCUUCGUGCCGGUUCCUGAUUCGGUUAUUUUGGAUAAGGCGGCGUUAGAUUUGACUGCUGUAGGUGAAGGAAGAGGUACAUUGUUGUCUUUGAAGCUUGAUGAGUUGUCUGAUUCGUUUUCCGGGAAAACCGUUGUUGAUCCGAAAGGAUACUUAACGGAGUUGAGGAAUCAUGAAGUGGAGGUUCUUAAUGAUGAUUUGUUUAAUAUCAGUAGAAGUAGAGUUUUGUUAAAGAGUGUAACAAUGUCGAAUCCGAAGAAUCCUAACGGUUGGAUUGCUGCUGCUAGGUUGGAAGAGAGAGCAGGGAAGUUGAGAGUCGCUAGGGCUCUGAUUCAGAAAGGAUGUAGCGAGUGUCCGAAAGAUGAAGAUGUUUGGAUUGAAGCUUGUAGAUUGGCUAAACCAGAGGACAAGAAGGCGGUGAUUGCGAGAGGAGUUAAGCAGAUACCGAACUCUGUGAAGCUAUGGUUAGAGGCUUCGAAGCUGGAGGAUGAUGUGAGGAAGAGUUUAGUGUUGCGGAGAGGUUUGGAGAAUGUUCCGGAUUCAGUUAGGUUAUGGAAGACUCUUGUUGAUAUGGUUAACGAAGAAGAUGCGGUUGUUUUGCUUCAUAGAGCUGUGGAGUGUUGUCCUUUGAAUGUAGAACUAUGGUUAGCGCUUGCGAGGCUUGAAACGUAUGAGAAUACGAAGAAACUGUUGAAUAAAGCGAGGAUAGAGCUUCCUAGAGAGCGCGGGAUUUGGAUUAGUGCAGCUAAGGUAGAGGAGGCUAGUGGGAACACGGAUAAAGUGGGAACGGUUAUUGAGAAAGCUUUGAAAGCUUUGCAGAGAGAAGGUGUUGUUAUUAACCGCGAAGAGUGGAUAGAAGAAGCUGAGGCCUGUGAGAGAACCGGAGCUGUUGCGACCUGCAAGGCGAUUAUUGAGAAUGUUAUUGGUUUUGACGUUGAGGAAGCAGAUAGGAAGAGAACUUGGGUUGUUGAUGCAGAGGAAUGUAAGAAGAGGAGUUCCAUAGAGACUGCAAGAGCUAUUUACGCGCAUGCUCUUACUGUUUUCUUGACUAAGAAGAGUAUUUGGUAUAACGCGGCGAAUCUUGAGAGAAGCCAUGGGAGUAGAGAGUCUCUUGACGCAGUACUGCGUAAAGCUGUCUUGUACUUACCUCAAGUUGAGGUUCUUUGGCUAAUGGGUGCUAAAGAGAAGUGGCUAGCUGGAGAUGUUUCCGCGGCUCGGGUUAUUUUACAAGAAGCUCAUGCCGCGGUUCCAAACUCUGAGGAAAUCUGGCUCGCUGCUUUCAAGCUUGAGUUUGAGAAUAAAGAAAUGGAAAGAGCGAGGAUGAUUCUAAGGAAAGCAAGAGAAAGAGGAGGAGCCGGGAGAGUAUGGAUGAAAUCAGCGAUUCUUGAGAGGGAAUUAGGCAACGUGGAAGAAGAGAAACGAUUGCUUGAAGAAGGCGUGAAGCUGUUCCCGAAGUUCUUUAAGCUUUGGCUAAUGCUUGGACAGCUCGAAGAAAGGUUAAACCAUCUAGUACAAGCCAAGAUAGUUUAUUCGUCUGGUUUGGAUCAUUGUCCUCAGUGUAUACCAUUGUGUCUCUCACUAGCUGAGCUUGAAGAGAAGAAACUGAAUGGACUCAACAAAGCUAGAGCCAUUCUCACAAACGCUAGAAAAAAGUAUCCGAAAGAAGACGAGCUUUGGUUAGCCGCGAUUCGUAUUGAACUCAGACAUGAAAACAAGAAAGAAGCAGAGAGGUUAAUGUCAAAGGCACUUCAAGAGCUUCCUAAAAGUGGUAUCCUCUUAGCUGCUGAUAUCGAAAUGGCGCCGCAGUGUCCUCUCCCGAAGAUCAAGAUCAAGGAUGCGUUAAAGAAGAAUUGUGUUAAAGAAGCGUAUGUUACUGCAUCGGUUGCUAAAAUAUUUUGGAGAGAAAGGAAAGUGGAUAAAGCUAGAACGUGGUUUGAACGUACCGUGAAACUUGACCCGGAUAACGGAGAUUUCUGGGCGUUGUAUUACAAAUUUGAGGUUCAACAUGGCUCCGAGGAGAAACAAAAGGAGGUUUUGAACAAGUGUGUGGUCUCUGAGCCAAAGCAUGGUGAGAAAUGGCAAGCUGUUUCCAAAGCUGUGGAGAAUUCACACCAAAGUGUUGAAGUUAUCUUGAAGAAAGUUGCUAUUGCAUUGAACAGGGAAGACCACAUAUAUUAA